UUCAGUAGCUAGAGAUAGGAGGUAUUAGAGGAAGAUUACUCUGAUGAUAUAAUGAUUCUCUUGAUUUAGAGCAAAGUUGGAUUCAGAGGGCGAAUCGGCAAUAUAAACGAAAACCUAGCCGCUGAUUCUGACUGUGAUACGGGAAUCUCGUUUCGAAUUAUGUGUUUCCCGAUACUGUUCCUAUGAGUGGCUUUUUUCUUAAUUGUUUAGGUGGGCGAACCCUAUAGGUUCUUUGACUAUGUAAACUCUUGAUUUUGGUACAUAUGAUAUUGAUUUCAUUUAUUUGUGUUAGAUUGCUAUGCUUGGUUUGUUGUCGGUAUGAUUGUGUAUGUAAGAUGAGGAUUAUCUUUCCAAUGAUACAUCCUCAAACUCGACUUACUCAAAGGAGACAUCCAUAGGGUCCAUAAGGUUGCAUAUUGGUCCUAGUAAAUUCCAAGGCACAUGGUAGGAACGAACCCAACAAGGAUCAAACAGUUCAUAUGCUUGGCAAGUUCAAAUUGCCAUCACUAGCUGGCAUGAUUAAGGUUUCAAAGUCAAAGGAGCUCUAGAGGGAGCUUGCAUAUGCAACACCCCUACACUCAUCUUUUCUUCACCAACCAGUAGCAUAGUUUUACUUUCCGGCAUUGCUUUUCACUUUUGUUUUGUAAAAUCAAGGGAAACUUCAACCCUAGAGGCACCUCAACCUCCGCAUUAGUUUUAAAACCUCAUAAAACUUGUAUCUCGCCAUCUGAGUAAGUGGUUAUGAGAGACCCUAGAGAAUACUAUCCUAGUCUUCAUACUAGGUAAAUUUUCAUCCAUACUACACGCGAUCAGUGUCCAUUAGAUCAAUUGAGUGGUGGUCAAUCCGAAAAACCCUAACUACAACAAUGCAUCGAAAAAACAAUGAGUUCCAACUCAAUAAUCAAUUCUUCAUUGAAAAAGAGAAAAAAAAAUCAAUCAACACAAAUUUCUAUUUUAUCCCAAAUCAUGACGAGAUUCCUUCUAUCUAGUAAACAACGAACAACCUCCACAGUCUCGCUAUGAUGGUGGAUACCUCAAGAUGAACUUCUGAUUAUCUUGUAUCACAAUGAUGUAAUAAUCGGAAGGGUUAAUACCAUAGUUUGGACCGAAGUUUGGCUUAAGUGACAGUUAUGGCCCCAUUUUUCAAAUAAGACAUUUUUGGCCUACUUUUGAAACUAUUGGAUAAAUUUGGCCCAAAAUUUUCCUUGACACACUGUUCCGUUAAUGACUCAGCAAAAAAUUGUUGAUGUAGCAUGCCACGUCAUUAAAUAAUAUUAUUUAAUUUUAUAAUUCAUUAAAAUAAAAAUUAAAAAAUCCCCUCUUAUUAUCCCACCCCAAGCCCCAAAUCCAAAGUCCAAACCCUAAACUAAAUCAACAUUAGGCGCCUCCCUCAUCCUUCCUCUUCUUCACCGAUCCCCCAAAACAUCUAACUAAAUUAUCCACCGCCAUUUCCCCCUCCAGUCCACCUUCAAAAAAUAAUGGGCAAGCCUCGCAGUGGUUCCGGUUCGUCCUAGAGCCCUCCGAUCAUUCCCUCCCGCAACAAUAGCAUGCCCCGACCGCCGCUCGUCCCAAGGAGAAGCGGCGGUGGAGUUUCGUCAAGUCCUACCGAGAAAAGGACCACAACGGCAGCGCCUCCGUCGCGGCCUCAAUCAAGGUAUAGCAGGGAGCUCGCGAAGGUUCCUCUUCCUCCUCUGUGAUGCCCCGGCGGAAUGCGGUCGCGGAGGACUACGACGCCGACGAAGACGAGGGCUGCCGUAAUGAAGAGGACGAUUCGAGCGAGCGAGCUCCCGCCGGGGCGGCGGAUGCCGCAGUGGUCGCCGCAAAUUCCGCCGUGAUGGUCAUCCUACUUACCAGCAGCGGAGGUCUUGCGGGGGAUGCUCGUCGGCGGGAGCGGCGGGGAAGCUCCUCGCGUACGUCGGAUUGAGUGAAGCAAGAGAGAUAGUGUGAGUGAGGGGAAAUAGAAAGGAAAUAAAAAAGAGAGGGAUCGGUGAAGAAGAGGAAGGGGAGGGAGGCGCCUGAUGUUGAUUUAGUUUAGGGUUUUGAUUUGGGAAUUGGGAAUUUUGGGUUAAGAGGGAUUUUUUUAAUUUGUAAGUUUUUAUUUUAAAUGAUUUAUAAAAUUAAAAUAAUAUUAUUUAAUGAUGUGGACAUGCCACAUCGUUGGGUUUUUGCUAAGUCAGUAAUGGAAUAGAGUUUGACCGUCAAUAUUAACGGUCAAAGAAAAUUUUGGGCCAAAUUUGUCCAAUAGUUUCAAAAGUAGGCCACAAAUGUCUUAUUUAAAAAAUGGGGCAAAAACUGUCACUUUCGCCAAACUUCGGGGCAAACUAGGAUAUUAACCCUAAUCGGAAUUGUCAUUGUUGUUUUGGGGAAAAAAAAGAGGUAAAAAUGAAGUGAAAAGCAAGUCAUUGUAGUAUUUAAUAAACAAAAUAAGUAAUAACUAAAAAUGCUUACAAUAAUCACAAAUAGAUAUUAUUAAAUAUAUUGAAAUUAACAUAGGAAUUUGCGAUAACAAUAAUUAAAUUGAAGUUUAAGAUGAUAAUUUAUAAAUAUUAUUAUUGUGCCCACAUAUCAUCAUUACACGAAAAACCCAAUAAUAAUGUACAAGACGCAAAGUCUAACCUGGAACCAAUAUCUAUAGUUAGUCUUAGGGCUGGUAAUCGGUCGGUUACCAGUUAACCGGUUAUCGGUAUAUCGUUUGGUCCCAAACUCCUUCCGACUAUCGUUACCGAAAUCAACCGAUUAACCGGCAUAUCGGUUAACUGUUAGCAACCGGUUAACACCAAUAUACCGAAAAUGUAAAAAAGGCAGUUGUCUUCCACAAUUCCUUCUCCCUCAUCUUCUCCCGGAAACAAAAUUCCUUCUCCCUCAUCGUUUUCCUCUGCUUCUCCCCUAUCUUUACCAACACCACCAACAACCUCGCUUCCCUCUUCCUCCUUUCCUAUCGAUCCCGAAGGACGCAAGCUCUCAACCGUCGUUGCUGCCACCGCCGCUGAAACAGUUCUCCGGCGACGCCGAGGAAAAUGAAUGAUGUUCGUCGGCGACUAAUUGAAUAAGAACAUGUCGACGAGAUCUAGCGGUGGACAAAUCAAGCUAGAGAUCAAGCGACGGAGAGAGGGAAUCAAACGGUCAUUGAACCUCCUCUUUGAUUUUUAGAUCUCCGCUUUGAGAAUGGUGGCGUUGAUUUUUGAACUGAAAACCCAAGUUCUGGUUUCUUGCUCCGAUCAAUCCAACCCAACGCCGUCACUUUCAGAUGCAUGCAACGGAGAAGCGAAGACGAAUCCUCAAGCGGUGGUUCUUCAAUCCGGCUGAUUCUCUUUCAUCGAUAGAGAUGGUGGUGGCGUAGUGCUAUGUAAGCAAUUCUGGUUUGGGCUUUUGGGGUUUUCAAUUUUGGUUUACUGUUUGCUUAUUUCCCCUCUAUGGGUUGAAUUAUGGUUUUGGAAUGUGAGAAUGAUAGAAGAAGAGUGGGGAAGAAACGAAUUGGAUUAUGGGUUAAAAAAGAGAAGAUGGAGAUUGGAGACCCGUGAGGCUAGCAGGGGGAGUGAAGAUAGGGACGGGUUGGAAUUUACUGUGAUUUUGCCUCUGGAACUGGUGAGUUCCGACAGUGGCGGAUUCAGAAAAUUUUCACAGGGGUGUCCUCUUCAAAAGUUAAAUUUAAUUAAAUAAUAAAUUAAAUAAUUUGUA